CCUUCUUUGCUGGCUCCUGGCAGGUUGGAGAUGCCCAAGGACGAGCUGCCCAACCACAACUGCAUCAAGCACCUGCGCUCGGUGGUGCAGCAGCAGCAGACGAGGAUCGCCGAGCUGGAGAAGACCUCGGCCGAGCACAAGCACCAGCUGGCAGAGCAGAAGAGGGACAUCCAGCUGCUCAAGGCCUACAUGAGGGCGAUCCGCAGCGUCAACCCCAACCUGCAGAACCUGGAGGAGACCAUCGAGUACAACGAGAUCCUGGAGUGGGUGAACUCUCUGCAGCCGGCGCGGGUGACGCGCUGGGGCGGCAUGAUCUCCACGCCCGACGCCGUGCUGCAGGCCGUCAUCAAGCGCUCGCUGGUGGAGAGCGGCUGCCCGGCGUCCAUCACCAACGAGCUGAUCGAGAACGCCCACGAGCGCAACUGGCCGCAGGGGCUGGCCACGCUGGAGACGCGCCAGAUGAACCGGCGCUACUACGAGAACUACGUGGCCAAGCGCAUCCCCGGCAAGCAGGCCGUGGUGGUGAUGGCCUGCGAGAACCAGCACAUGGGCGAGGACAUGGUGCUGGAGCCGGGGCUCGUCAUGAUCUUCGCUCACGGGGUGGAGGAGAUCUGAGGAAAAUUCGCCUUGGGAUGGCAGGGGGUGGCCUGGACUUUUUGGGUUUGUGAUUUUCGCUCACGGAGUGGAGGAGAUCUGAGAAAAAUUCAACUAGGGAUGGCAGGGGUGUCCUGGACUUUUUGGGUUUGUGAUUUUCGUUCACGGAGUGGAGGAGAUCUGAGAAAAAUUCGCCUUGGGAUGGCAGGGGUGUCCUGGACUUUUUCCCUCAUGGCAUGGAGGAGACCUGAAAAAAAUCCACCUUGGGAUGGCAGGGGUUGCUGGACUUUUAGGGUUUGUGAUUUUCCUUCAUGGCAUGGAGGAGAUCUGAGAAAAAUCCACUUUGGGAUGGCAGGGGGUGUCCUGGACUUUUUCCCUCAUGGCAUGGAGGAGAUCUGAGAAAAAUCCACUUUGGGACAGCAGGGGUUUCCUGGACUUGGGUUUUUUGCUCAUGGUAUGGGGGAGAUCCAAAAAAAAUCCAUCUUGGGACAGCAGGGGUUUCCUGGACUUGGGUUUGUGAUUUUCGCUCACGGAGUGGAGGAGAUCUGAGAAAAAUUCAACUAGGGAUGGCAGGGGGUUCCUGGACUUUUUCCCUCAUGGCAUGGAGGAGAUGUGAAAAAAAUCCACCUUGGGAUGGCAGGGGUUUCCUGGAAUUGGGUUUUUUUGCUCAUGGAGUGGAGGAGAUCUGAGAAAAAUUCACUUUGGGACAGCAGGGCUUCCUGGACUUGGGUUUUCCUUCAUGGCAUGGAGGAGAUGUGAAAAAAAUCCACCUAGGGACAGCA